AUGGGUUCACUCGAAACUGGGAUGCCAUUGAAGAGGGAUCUCCAUUUGCUGCGUUCUUCAUCAGAGAGAAGUAAUAGUAGUAAUGGAUUAUUUAGUCAAAGACCCAGAUCAAGAUUCGCAAGAUUUGUUCGCUUCAAGAAGAUUGACUAUUUACAAUGGAUUUGCACAAUUGCUGUUUUCUUCUUCUUUGUUUUUUUGUUCCAGAUGUUCUUCUUACCUGGAUCCGUUGUGGAGGAAGAAAAAUCUGCGAAUAAUUAUAAUUAUGAGGCCUUGAAGUUCUUGAACGAGUUGGAUUUUGGCGAAAAUAUCAAGUUUGAGCCUUCAAAAUUACUAGCCAAGUUUCAAAGGGAUGCUAGAGAGUUCAAUGAAACUGUUGCUACGAGAAAAGUACUGGGAUUUGGAUAUAUAAAACCCAAACUUGCACUGGUUUUCGGGGAUUUGUCGGUUGAUCCAUAUCAGAUUCAGAUGGUUACAGUUGCUACUGCAUUGCGAGAGAUUGGAUACGAAAUUGAGGUAUUCUCACUGGAAGAUGGCCCUGUAGGUACUGUUUGGAGAGAUAUUGGGCUUCCUCUCAACGUAAUUGCAACCAAUGAAACUAUAAAAUGCACUGUAGAUUGGCUGAACUAUAAUGGCAUACUUGUGAAUUCUCUUAAAGCUGUUGGUAUCUUUUCUUGUCUUAUGCAGGAACCUUUUAGAAAUAUACCUCUCGUAUGGACUAUCCAUGAACAAAUACUUGCUGCUCGAUUGAGGCAAUAUGUAUCAAGUGGUCAGAAUGAGCUUGUUAAUAAUUGGAGAAAAAUCUUCAGCAGGGCCACUGCUGUGGUCUUCCCAAACUACAUUAUGCCGAUGACUUAUUCGGUGUGUGAUCCGGGAAACUACAUUGUUAUUCCAGGGUCUCCUGCAGAAGCCUGGGAGGCUGAUAAAUUUUUGGAUUUGCACAAAGACAGUCUGCGUAUGAAGUUGGAGUAUGGGCAUGACGAUUUUGUUGUUGCUAUUGUUGGAAGUCAACUUAUGUAUAAAGGUCUCUGGCUGGAGCAUGCCUUAGUUUUGCAGGCUUUGUAUCCAGUUUUUGCGGAUUUCCGAAGUGCGGGCAAUUUGAAUUCUCAUCUCAAAAUCAUCAUUUUAACUGGGGAUUUAGCUGGUAACUACAGUAGUACUGUGGAGAACAUUGCGCUAAACUUGAAAUAUCCAAAAGAAACAGUGAAGCAUGUUGCCGCUGACGAAGAUACAAACAUUGUACUGAGUAUUGUUGAUGUUGUGAUAUAUGGAUCCUUCGUUGAAGAGCUAUCUUUUCCAGGCAUUUUGCAAAAAGCCAUGCUUUUAAGGAAACCUGUUAUAGCACCAGAUCUAUUGAUGAUCCGAAAAUAUAUUGAUGACAGGGUGAAUGGGUAUCUUUUUCCAAAGGACGAUAUUAGGGUCCUGACUCAGAUCAUGUUUCAAAUGAUCUCACAUGGAAAACUCUCUCUUUUAGCCCUCAAUGCUGCAUCACUUGGAAGAGGUACGGCUAGAAACCUUAUGGUUUCGGAAAGUAAGGCAGGAUAUAUUUCACUGUUGGAAAACAUUCUCACAUUCCCAUCUGAAGUUGCUGUUCCUGAGACUGACAAAGAGAUGCUUACCAAAUUGAAAGCAGAAUGGCAGUGGCAUCUCUUUGAAGCAAUUGCGGAUACGCAUUAUCAGAAUAAAACCUGGAUGAUCCAGGAAAUUUUGGACAAAGUUGAAAAGCAAUUUGACCAUACCCAUUGGGAGAAUUCUAUGUUGUCCAUUACAACAAAUGAUACCUUUUUGUAUAGUAUCUGGGUGGAGCAAAAACAAAUUGAAAUGGCUAAUACAAGAAGAAAAAGAGAGGAUGAUGAGUUGAAGGACAGAACUGAUCAACCUCGGGGAACAUGGGAGGAAGUAUAUCGAAAUGCGAGAAGGGCUGACAAGACGUUGCAUGAAAGAGAUGAAGGAGAGCUCGAAAGGACAGGUCAGCCAUUAUGUAUCUAUGAGCCUUACUUUGGAGAAGGAACUUGGCCCUUUUUGCACCGUACUUCACUAUAUCGCGGACUUGGGCUGUCCACUAAAGGCCGUAGACCUGGAGCUGAUGAUGUUGAUUUGCCUUCUCGUCUUCCCCUAUUAAAUAACCCUUAUUAUCGAGAUGUCUUGGGAGAAUAUGGAGCCUUGUUUGCGAUUGCAAACCGAAUUGACCGCAUUCACAGAAAUGCUUGGAUAGGAUUCCAAUCUUGGAGAGCCACAGCAAGGAAGGUAUCUUUGUCCAAGUCUGCUGAAAGAUUGCUGUUGGAUGCUAUCGAAUCACGAAGACAUGGUGACAGUCUAUACUUUUGGGCCCGUUUAGACAGGGACCCAAGAAACCCACUGAAACAGGAUUUCUGGUCCUUCUGUGAUGCUAUAAAUGCUGGGAAUUGCCAGGUCGCAUUCUCCGAGGCUCUUAAGAAGAUGUAUGGCAUAAAGCAUAACUUUUCUCUUCCCGUGAUGCCGAUAGUUGAAGACUCUUGGUCUGUCAUGCAUUGCUGGGUUCUGCCCACUCGGUCUUUCCUAGAGUUUGUUAUGUUCUCAAGAAUGUUUGUGAAUGCACUUGACGCACAAUUCUACGACGAGCACCAGAAAACCGGGCAUUGUUAUCUGAGUUUGUCCAAGGACAAACAUUGCUACUCUCGUUUGCUCGAGUUGCUUGUAAAUGUUUGGGCAUACCACAGCGCGAGAAGAAUGGUGUAUGUGGACCCAAACACAGGUUUUAUGCAAGAACAACACGAGUUGAGAAGCCGGAGAGGUCAAAUGUGGGUUAGGUGGUUCCAGUAUAGCACUCUCAAGAGCAUGGAUGAGGACCUGGCUGAGGAGGCUGAUUCCGACCGCCCAAAGAGGAGGUGGCUGUGGCCUUCAACAGGCGAGGUCUUCUGGCAAGGUAUGUACGAAAAGGAGAGGAACCUGAGAAAUAAAGAAAAGGAAAAGAAGAGACAACAAAGUAAAGAUAAAAUCCAACGGAUUAGGAACCGAACACAUCAAAAAUCGAUAGGUAAGUAUGUGAAGUCUGUGCCGAAGCAGAUGGAGGCAAAUUCAACAGCUCUUGCAUAG